AUUUGAUGUUUCAAAAGUGUUUGUUUCUGCUGUUUCAUUCCGGCCAAAUAUAAUUUUUAAUAGUUUUGUGAAUAACUAAUAAGUUUAUAAUAUUAAAAUGAGUUCAAUUGGAACAGGGUACGAUCUCUCAGCAUCCCAGUUUUCACCAGACGGUCGUGUGUUCCAAGUGGAAUAUGCAAAUAAAGCAGUAGAGAAUAGUGGAACGGCAAUAGGUCUCAGAGGGAAAGACGGUGUAGUGUUUGCUGUUGAAAAAUUAGUUACAAGCAAACUCUACGAACCAGGAACAAAUCCCAGAAUCUUUAAUAUUGAUAAACAUGUUGGAAUGGCAGUUGCUGGUCUGAUCUGUGAUGCCCGCGAGAUUGUUUCUGCAGCUCGAAGUGAAUGUAAAUCAUAUGUUUCUCAAUAUGGUGUUUCUAUUCCUUUGAAAUUUCUAACAGAAAGAGUGGCUGGUUUGUUCCACACAUAUACACUUUACUCAGCUGUCCGGCCAUACGGAUGUGCUGUAUUAUUGGGAAGCUAUGAAAAUGAAGAACCAGUUCUGUAUGCUUUAGAUCCUUCCGGUGUAACUACAGGUUGUUACGGUUCAGCAAUUGGCAAAGCUAAACAAACAGCAAAAACUGAAAUAGAAAAAUUAAAAUUAUCUGAAAUGACAUGUAAGCAAUUGGUCAAAGAAGCAGCACGAAUAAUUUAUUUAGUGCACGAUGAGUUAAAAGAUAAAAAUUUUGAACUUGAAUUGAGUUGGGUAUGUGCUGAAAGCAAUGGAGUUCAUGAACGAGUUCCUGCUAGUGUUAGGCAAGAAGCAGAAAGCCAGGCGAAACAGGCAAUGGAAGAUGACAGUGACAGUGAUACAGAGGAUAAUUAAAAAUAUAUUAAAAGUGCUUGCUUGACUUAAUUUUAUAUUAAAAAAAUAUCCUUUAUAUUUGCAUUUUUAUUUACUUGUUCAAUUUUGAGAUAAAAUACAGUACC